GUACAUUACCGUACUUCCGGCUGUGUCGGUUCUGUCGGAGAAACUGCAACCGACACGGAGGCUAAGAAGGGGGCCUGACUGCACUCAUCAUGACUCUUUUUCAUUUUGGGAAUUGUUUUGCUCUGGCAUAUUUUCCGUACUUCAUCACAUAUAAGUGUAGUGGCUUAUCUGAAUACAAUGCUUUUUGGAGAUGUGUUCAGGCUGGUGCUACCUACCUCUUUGUACAGCUCUGUAAAAUGCUGUUCCUAGCCACAUUUUUCCCAACCUGGGAAGGAGGUGCUGGUGUCUAUGAUUUUGUUGGGGAGUUCAUGAAAGCCACAGUGGAUAUGGCUGACCUGUUAGGUCUUCAUCUGGUCAUGUCCAGAAACGCUGGCAAGGGUGAAUAUAAGAUCAUGGUGGCAGCUAUGGGUUGGGCAACAGCAGAACUUGUCAUGUCAAGGUGUAUCCCUUUAUGGGUGGGUGCACGGGGGAUUGAGUUUGACUGGAAGUACAUCCAGAUGAGCUUUGACUCCAACAUCAGUUUGGUGCAUUACAUUGCCAUGGCAGCAGUAGUUUGGAUGUUCACACGGUACGACCUGCCCAAAAGCUUCCGUCUGCCUGUCACAGUGCUGCUGGGGCUUUGUGUGUACAAAGCCUUUUUGAUGGAGCUAUUCAUCCACGUAUUUCACUUGGGCAGCUGGACAGCUCUUUUAGUGAAGGCCGUACUCACUGGAGCCAUCUCCCUCUGUUCACUUUUCCUGUUCGUCACACAUUUUCACAGCAACUGAGGCUGUUCUGCACUGCAGAUCUCAGCAGACAGUGGGCCCUUUCAGGUUUUACAUACAGAAAACCCACUGUAGUACAUGCAAGUCUUUGGGGCCAGAUCAACCUAUCCAGGCAUCGUGGAAUAACUUUUUGUGAGGGUAUUUUUGUUGUUGUUUUUUUUCUAGGGGUCACAGAUAGAAUGGGAUAUUUAAAAUGAAAUAGAUACGGUGGUCUUGCUGGGCCAUAUUAGACUUGAGUCAUUGGGUCACUGUGUGUGAUCAACACUAAAUGCCCCAACAGGUUUGAAUUUAUUCCUGUUAUAUUGAGGAAGAAAAUCUAAACAUGUUUUUGUAUCACAAUGUUGCUUCUGAUUUUUUUUUUUUUAUUGACUUGCCUAUGACUUUCAAUAAACGCCCGUUUAUAUAUUCCACACCAAUGGACAGCAUUGUUUUCACGUUCAAACGUGCUUACAGUCAGUCAACUCCAUGAGGUUCUUUGAGCAGAAAUCAUAGCCCAGGGGCAUAAAUGCCUUUAGAGAAGUCAGCAGUGUUGUACAUGACACAGCAAGACCACAUAAGCUUAAACAUGUCAACAUUUAUUUCACAACUGUCAGUUAACCAUAUCUUCGUGGACUUGAACAAGAGAGUUUUAAGUGUCAGUACAUGAGAUGCAUUACAUUAUUGCUGUGUGAGCCAUUG